AGUCCAGAGUGGGAAUAAGUCUGAGCUGAACGCACGGGAGGGACGCGCGCCAGGGAAGUUAGCAGUCUGACACGCACGAGAGAAAGAACUGCAUUUGGUUUUAAGUUGAUUCAGGAGAGAAAACACGUUCAAGCUUUUGUUUUUUUUUUCUCCCCUCCUCUCCAAGGAUUAUAAAAAGAAAAGUGGGACCGAGGAAGAUAUAACAUGACUUCAGCAAAGGAGCACUAAAGUGCGGGUAAUGUUUUGAAAAAUGAUGAGAGCGGCGUGUGUAGUUUAAGGAACGAGUUCAGAGUGGACCGGUAUGGCUUGAUUUGUGAGCCCGAAGGUAGCUGCGGGAGGCGCUGAUGUUUCUGUGGAAGAGGAGGAAAGUUUGCUGCGUUUCCUCUCGGAUCUACUUUGUGAAAUUCGUCGCUUACUAGUCUCACGUCUGAGCGGCAGAGCCCGGGAGAGGGGGAAGCCGCUUCGGUUCGGUGUCGGCUCCGAACAUACAUCACCAUGACCAACGCCGCGCUGAAGAAGAACCACUGGACCUCCAGGGUGAACGAGUGCUCCGUGGGGAAGGACACCCGCGGAGACCUGAACGUGUCUCUGCGCGGCGGCGCGGAGAACGGGGAGUUCGCCUACAUUGGCCAAAUCAACGAGAACCUGGUGUUUUACAGAGAUGGAAAAUUAAACGAGGGGGAGCUGCUGCUGGAGGUGGAGAACCUCUCCAUUUCAGGAUUACCUUUGUACGACGUGCAGACGCUGAUAAAGAACUGCAAAAGUCCCGUGAAGUUGAAAACUGUGAGGCCAGGAACAAAGUUGAAUAAGGACCUGAAGCAUUAUCUAAGCCAGCGCUUCCAGAAGUCAUCACCUGACCACGAACUGCAGCAGACCAUCCGAGAAAACCUGUACCGUCACGCAGUGCCUUGUACUACUCGUUCCCCACGUGAAGGAGAAGUUCCUGGUGUGGAUUACAACUUCCUCUCUGUAGAGGACUUCCUAGUGUUGGAGAAGAGUGGAACCCUCCUGGAAAUCGGAACAUAUGAAGGCAACUAUUAUGGGACGCCCAAGCCACCGGUGCAGCCUCCCAGUGGGAAAGUGAUCAGAGGCAGUAGCGGUGGUGAUGCCCCACUGUCAGACGGGCUCAGCGGUAGCCUGCCGGGCUCGCAGAACACCACUCCCCGACGAGCCAAGUCCUACAAUGACAUGCGAAAUGCUGGAAUAGGGCUUGCAGAUCAGCAACUGGAGGACGACGAGGACCUCCCUGACAUGAACAGCAGCUUUACAGGAGAAUCCAGUGAAUUGGACGAAAUUCCUCACUCGGCGCGCCCCUACGUCCCUCGCCAUAGCGACCUGUCCUACGCUGGGACAACCCCCUCACCAUCGGCCACCACGGAGAGCACACAGCAGACAAACCUUCACCUGAGCCAUCCUCCCCCUGAGGACCCGCUGGGACCUCUGCCUGACAACUGGGAGAUGGCCUACACCGAGACCGGAGAGGUCUACUUUAUAGACCACAACACAAAGACCACCUCUUGGCUAGACCCUCGGUGCCUGGACAAACCCCAGAAACCCCUGGAAGAAUGUGAAGAUGAUGAAGGGGUCCAUACAGAAGAGCUGGAUGAUCUAGAACUUCCUCACGGAUGGGAGAAAAUCGACGAUCCAGUCUACGGGGUCUACUAUGUUGAUCAUAUCAACAGGAAGACCCAGUACGAAAACCCGCUGCUGGAGGCUAAGAGGCGCAGGCAGCUGGAACAGCAGCCCGCCCAGCAGCCUCAGCCCCAAAGCCAGCAGCCACCUGAAGAAUGGAUUGAGGACUCGGCAUUGGCAGGCGCUCCCCUGGCCACCUAUGCCACCAACCACGAGACGUACAGGGACCCUCAGACGGGUCCACCCGUGCCCAACGCCAUGGGACAAAAACGUGGGAAGCCUUUCUUUACUAGGAACCGUUCAGAACUGAACGGGACCUUCAUCAAUACCAAACUGAAGAAGAGCCGUCGAGGGUUUGGGUUCACCGUUGUUGGAGGGGACGAGCCGGAUGAGUUCUUGCAGAUAAAGAGUUUGGUUCUGGAUGGACCUGCAGCCCUUGAUGGGAAGAUGGAGACAGGGGAUGUGAUUGUGAGUGUAAAUGACACCUGCGUGCUGGGCUACACGCACGCCCAAGUUGUGAAGAUCUUCCAGUCCAUCCCGAUCGGCUCCAUGGUCAACUUGGAGCUGUGUCGUGGCUACCCACUGCCUUUCGACCCCGAUGAUCCAAACACCAGUUUGGUAACCUCGGUGGCCAUCCUUGAUAACAAAGAUCCCAUCAUCGUCAACGGCCAGGAGGUCACAAGCAGCUACGACUCUCCGUCGAGCCAAGGCAGUCAGAGCACCAACGGCCCAAUCAACGGCGGACCGCCUCUCAAUGGCUUCCCCCGACCUCACAGCCCCUCCACCGAGGUAGCGUCCGAUACCUCCUCCCAGCUCGGCUACUCUAGUGACGUGGUAACCCUGGCUUCGUCCAUUGCCACGCAACCAGAACUCAUCACUGUACACAUGGAGAAAGGAGACAAGGGCUUUGGCUUCACUAUCGCGGACAGCCUUGGCGGUGGAGGGCAGAGGGUGAAGCAGAUCGUGGACUACCCUCGCUGCCGUGGCCUUAGGGAGGGGGACAUCAUCGUCGAGGUGAACAAGAGGAAUGUGCAGAGCAUGUCUCACAACCAGGUCGUGGACAUGCUCAGCAAGUUACCGAAAGGCAGCGAGGUCACCAUGCUGGUGCAGAGAGGAGUGGCACCUGCGAAGAAGAGCCCCAAACUGGAUUAUUAUGACCUGUCUCCUCCGUACAGAGAUUACGCUAGGAUGCAAUUGUCAAGGAAGGACAGUCAGAGCAGUUCCCAGCAUAGUGUUUCCAGCCACCGGAGCACCCACACGGACUCGCCCGUGCACUCUUCUCUGGCAGCCCCCCUCAGCGAGAGCAGCACUCCCCCGGCCCCCUCGCAGCCCUUGCCUGGCCUGCCUUCCCAGGACUCCCAAGGAGACGGGACCACCCACAGAAAACCCGAUCCCUUUAAGAUCUGGGCCCAGUCCAGGAGCAUGUAUGAAAGUAGGCUUCCAGACUUCCAGGAGCAGGACAUUUUCCUGUGGAGAAAGGACACGGGCUUCGGCUUCAGGAUCCUCGGAGGCAACGAACCAGGAGAACCUAUCUACAUCGGCCACAUAGUGAAGUACGGCGCUGCGGAUGAGGACGGGCGUCUCCGAUCCGGAGAUGAACUGAUAUGCGUGGACGGCACAGCGGUGGUGGGCAAGUCGCAUCAAUUGGUGGUGCAGCUGAUGCAGCAGGCUGCCAAGCAGGGCCACGUUAAUCUCACUGUGCGACGUAAAACCAACUACGCAGUUAAAUCAGAGGGAGAUGUCCCUCCGUCGCCAGCGUCCUCACACCACAGCAGCACCCAGGCGCCCAGCCUGACGGAGGAUAUGGGCAAACGCACGCCGCAGGGCAGCCAGAACUCCCUCAACACAGUCAGCUCCGGCAGCGGCUCCACCUCCGGCAUCGGUAGCGGAGGCGGAGGAGGAGGAGGAGGAGGAGGAGGCGGCGCUGGGAUCAGUGGGAACGCUGUGGUCGCCGCUGCAGCUGCAACCACGUCCUCUCAGCCCCCAAACGGCACCACAAACUCGGUCCCCGUCGCCGCCUCCGCCGUACAUCCCUACGACGUGGAGAUCCGACGGGGCGAGAACGAAGGCUUCGGUUUCGUCAUCGUGUCGUCGGUGUCGCGGCCUGAAGCGGGCACCACCUUCGCUGGAAAUGCAUGUGUGGCCAUGCCUCACAAAAUAGGCCGCAUCAUCGAGGGGAGCCCGGCGGACCGCUGUGGGAAGCUGAAGGUCGGCGACCGCAUCCUGGCCGUGAACGGGAACUCGAUCACCAACAAGUCCCACUCUGACAUCGUCAACCUCAUCAAGGAGGCCGGGAACACCGUCACACUGCGAAUCAUUCCCGGAGAUGAGUCAUCAAAUGCGUCUUUGUUGACCAACGCUGAGAAGAUUGCCACCAUAACCACCACUCACACACCUCAGCAACAGGCGGCACCUGAGGCCAGGACCAACACCAAACCAAAACAGGAAUCUUAUGAGUUUAAUACCCCUCCAAACCCUCCUCUGCAGCCCCCCAUCCAGCCAGACUCAACUCAGGACUCUGAGUUCUACUCGGUGGACCUGGAUAGAGACAGCAAAGGCUUCGGCUUCAGCCUGCGGGGAGGAAGAGAGUACAACAUGGACCUGUACGUGCUGAGGCUUGCCGAGGAAGGAGCCGCAGUCCGCAACGGGAAAAUGAAGGUCGGAGAUGAAAUCCUGGAGAUCAACGGCGAGAGCACCAAAGGCAUGAAGCACGCGCGGGCCAUCGAGCUCAUCAAGAACGGAGGCCGACGCGUCCAUCUGGUGCUCAAGAGGGGCGACGGCUCCGUGCCUGAAUAUGGUGGGUCAAUCUACGAAAACAUUCCCUUCUCCCCCAUCUUCACACCCUGAGCUCGGACGGUGGUGGGGUUUGAAGUUGGCAAAGAACUGAAUCGCACGUCGGGGACCCCUUCGCCCCUUCCUGGCGUAGAAACACCAGGGACAUGAAGGAGGGUUUGCUUGGCUUUCAAGUCUUUCUGUGGUGAAGGUCACUCCUGUGCUUUUGGAUUCUGGGCGUUGGGGGCGAAGGGGAGGAGCUUAGAGAUUGCUCCUUCGGGUGUCGUUGGCCCCUCCUACUGUCGCCUGCUCUCAGUUUCCAUGUCAUCCCGCUGUCACUUUUCACCUUCUGGCCGCUCAGCUAAAGCACUCUGUCGGGACUUUACAGAAUGGUGGUGGGCCUAAUUUCAGUGCAACAUAUAUAGUAAAAAAAAAACUGUUUACAGGGCCCCCCCCACCCGAAUAGGAAAACAAGUUUUGUUUUUUUUAGGAAGAAGUGACAUAUGUUGCUGUAGCUCAUUGUUAAACACCAGUUCAGCAUUAAAAAGGAAAAAAACUUGACUCUUUGCUUUCCUACAAAAGGUGGGACAUCUCACAGCUUUGGCCUCAUUGUGACACAAACAUAUUUAUGAUAUUUAUUGGAGGUGAAUGUAAGCUACUGAACUCCUUAAGGUUUUAAGUGAGAACUGUGUUAAAAAAAAAAAAGAAGAGGGAGCCUAAUAUAAGAACAUCUAAUGAACUGAAUUAGCAUUAAAACGUUGACUUAUUUCAGUAAUUAAAUUCUACAUGGAUUCAUUACACUCAAAGUUAUAUAUUUCAAGUGAUGUAUGGGUAUCACUCUCUUCCGGACCUAAACUCCAUUGAUUCUCUAUCGUGUUUGUUGUCCAGUGAUACCAUGAUCAUUAAGGCAGGUAUUGGUACUUUUUGCUGUGGGUCAGUUGCCAAGUCCUGCUGGAAAAUAUAUAUAAAGCGUUUGCUGGAAAAAGAGAAGCAGCAAAAGCUCUAAGAUGUCCUGGGGGAGUUUCGACUUGUAGAAAAGUUGGGGGGCCAACGUCAACAGACGGCAAGUCUCCCUGAAACAUAACUGACUGUGAAAACUUCACACUGGACCCCGAGUCUGUCCACUUUUCCUCCAUUUUCUCUUUCAAGCUCCAAAAAAAGGUAACAUUUUUUCUGAACUGAGGACUUGGACCUAUGCACUGCAGUCCCCUUUUUCUCCUUUGCCCAGUUAAGACAACUCUGCUGUUUUCUCAGCUCAGUCCUGUUCGACAAUCCUUCCUAAUCCCAAAGCAAAAUUAAAGUCUUGAUCAUGAGUGGCUUAAGACAACAUCAGUCUAUUUGUCUGAGAAACUAAAUUUAGGAUUUCUGCCAGCUGUUUGCCAUAUUCAUCAAAGUAUAUAAAAACAAACACUUGAAACGUAUCAAACUGUCUGUAAUGAAUCAUCGUUGAACCCAGUUUGACUUUUUGUAUUUAGUUACUGAAAUAAAUUCACGCUUUGACGAUGAUCUCAUUUAUCGAGAUGCCUUUAUACUCUUUGAUUUUCUGUGUCCAAGCCAAAAUUCUGCUACAGUGUGCUCGACAUUACUCAUUCAUCCAUGGAUUUAUUUAUUUUUUUUCUUUCCGUUGCACCCAUUGUCAAUGUUGAUGUCAUUAAAAUGCUGUGAAGAUUAAAACACCCAACGCCACACGUCCCCCCCCCGUGCAAACAGAAAAUGAGACCAUGGCGCUUAUAUAAAGCUUUUGUACAGCGAUGAAACGAAUAGAGACAUUUUUACGAGUAUUUUUGUUCAUUGUACAGAGCCAUGAAUCAAAGCCACAUAUAAAUGGAGAAAAAAAAAGAAGAAAAGUUUAUUACUGCAUGAACUUGUCAAGAGUGUACAUUUGAAGUUUUUUGCCCCCUAUAUUGUCGAUUUUUCCAUAAUAUUUAUGGAACAUUUCUUUUUGUAUUGUUAUUGUAUUGACAAGUUUGGAUUGAUUGAUAGUCAAGUCAUGAACAUUUUUCAUUGUCUUGCUUUGUUUUCUUUUUUUUGUUUGUUUUUUUUGAGUGGAGAAGCAUUUGCUUGUGGACGUUUAUUUGCGGUUUUCAGAUCUGCACCGAUAUGGUGUCAUGUGAACUUUGUAUAUUUUUGAUCAUCGUUUGUAUUUUUUUAAUUUUUUUAUUUUUUAAGUUGACUCGACCUUUUCGACAGUCUUGCCAGUGUUUCUUCUUUUUGAUUUCUGAGACUUAUUUUUUUUUCUGCUGCUGCUUUGUCAACAUGUACAUGUUUGCGCGCGCGUGUGUGUGUGUGUGUGUGUGUGUGUAGGGGUGUGGGCGUGUGUGUUUGGGUGAUUGGGGGGUGGGGUGUCACUGUUCUGUGUAACUAGUGGCUUUCACUGAAGGGUUUGGGUAACUUCCUGGACUGUCUCUUUACUCUGAAUGAUCAAAUAAACACUCUUUUUUCCAAUAAGAAUCAACACAAUCA